AUGUCUCGGAACGAGCAAGACAUUGUAGCGAUCAACGUCACGGCCUUCCGAGACAGCACCAACGAGCAGCGGAGGUCAGAAGGCUUCGGGUAUGAGCAAGAUGAAGAAGCAGAGAUUGAGAGACAUUCUGGGGCGGUAGGCUUGGACGCCCUGGAGCUUGCCGAUUUCCCGGUCAUUGGGCGCGGUGUCAAAACGCUGCGGCAUUUCAAGGAAGGAGAAAGGAUUCUCACUAUUCCAUCUGACGUUCUCUGGACAGUCGAACACGCAUAUGCUGAUUCUCUUCUUGGGCCAGCCCUUCGCUCUGCGCGGCCGCCCUUGUCUGUUGACGACACCUUGGCUAUUUAUAUUCUCUUUGUCCGAUCGCGCGAGUCAGGAUACGAUGGCCUACGAAGCCAUUUGGCGGCGCUACCUAAGAGCUACUCUUCAAGUAUCUUUUUUACGGAGGAUGAGUUGGAAGUUUGCGCUGGAACUUCAUUGUACGCCAUCACGAAGCAGCUGGGGCGAUGCAUCCAGGACGAUUACAAGGCAUUAGUCGUGCGACUGCUUAUCCGGCAUCGAGAUCUUUUUCCACUCAGCAAAUUCACCAUCGAAGAUUACAAGUGGGCACUUUGCACCGUGUGGAGUCGCGCGAUGGAUUUUGUACUGCCUGAUGGAAAAUCGAUUCGACUUUUGGCACCCUUCGCGGAUAUGUUAAACCACUCAUCCGACGUUAGGCAGUGUCACGCCUACGAUCCCUUGUCUGGAAACCUCUCUAUCCUUGCGGGGAAAGACUACGAAGCCGGAGAUCAGGUGUUUAUCUAUUACGGGUCUAUUCCAAAUAAUCGCCUUUUGCGUCUCUAUGGCUUCGUCAUACCCAGUAAUCCUAACGACAACUAUGAACUCGUUCUUGAAACGCACCCAAUGGCGCCAUUUUUUGAGCAAAAGCGUAAGCUCUGGGAAUCAGCCGGACUCGAUUUGACCUCUACCAUCUCCCUCACUCUCACUGAUCCGCUCCCGAAAAAUGUCCUUCAAUACCUCCGUAUUCAGCGAUCAGACGAAUCGGAUCUCAACACCAUAGCGCUUCAGCAAAUUGAUCCUAAAUACGAGAAAAUCAGCGACUCGAACGAAGUGAAAGUUCUGCAGUCUCUGAUAGAAUCGUUCUGCGGUCUUCUAGAUAGUUUCGGAACUCAGCUAGAAGAGUUAGGAGAACGACUUGCGGAGGGCGUCUAUCCUUCGGGAGGGAAUGCAUGGGCGGUGGCGCACGUUAGCUUGGGCGAACAGCGGGUGUUGAGAUUGGCGAGAAAGAGAGCGGAGGAUAUGUUAGCGGCGGUGGAGAGCGGAAGUGGAAAUGAGAAGGGUUCGUUAUCGGCGCUGGCGCGAUGCGCGAACUGCGGAAAGGACUCUGUGCGGUUGAUGACGUGUGGGAGGUGCAAAGCAGUCAUGUAUUGCGGACGGACGUGUCAGGUCGCUCAUUACAAAGAGCACAAGGCGAAAUGUCCACAUACAGCUUCUAAAGAUGGUUUUCAGACGAAUUAA